AUGAGACGAAACGAUGUAGUCUUCGGAGGUUCUAUGAGUUCACCUCAGACCUUGGUUUGGAGGCAUACCCAAGCGAGGGAAGAAUUUCAAGCCGCUUUGGUACAGCGAGAGACGCCUAUACCAGAUCGCGUGGAUGCUUCCCCAGGUACGUGGAGGUUGCCGAACCCGGGCUGGGUUAAGGUGAAUUGGGACGCAUCCCUGGAACCAAGGAGUGGCAUCAUGGCGUGGGCUGUGGUGAUCCGCGAUCAAAGGGGACAGCUAAUAGUGGCUAAGUGCAUGUCUCGUCAGGGCCAUCUAACCCCUUUAGCUGCAGAAGCUUAUACAGCUUUGAUGGCGACCAAACAGUGCAAGGCUAUGGGCCUACAGAAUAUACACUUUGAGGGAGAUGCUAAAGCAGUGGUGGAUGCUGUUAAUAGUGCCGAAGAAGACAGAAGUAAGGUGGGUCAUAUAAUAGAAGAUAUAAAAUCUGAGGUCCAGUCUUUUGUACGAUGGAAGAUGACCUUUAUUAGGCGAGAAGGAAAUAAUGUAGCCCACGUUUUAGCUAAGUAUGCUUCACAUCAUGCUCUAAAUAAUACGUGGCAGGAACCACCAGACUGUAUACGUGAUUUAAUACUGCUAGAGUCUUCCGCUCUAGUUCAGUGA